UAUAUGCACAAGCUUCUUAAAAAUAAUGACUAUUUACAAUCUUAUUACCCGCCUAAAACCAAACAUACAAACACACAUUCUCCUACAAAACAAAACUAAAAUCUCACUUCUACAAUCAAAAUUAUCUCAAUUCUCUUUGCAUUCCACUACAUCAUCCACAAAUGCAAACCCAAAAUCCAUUUCUUUAUCCAAAGAAGAAUUUCUCAUGUCGCAUUUAAAGAAAUGCUCCACAAUGAAAGAUUUAAAGCAGCUUCAUUCCUCAGUAAUCCAAUCCGGCUUCGAACAAAACCUUUUCGUAAUAGGCAAAGUAAUCGCCUUUUGCGCUGUUUCAGACCACGGGGACAUGAAUUAUGCUGUAUCAGUCUUUGAAAGCGUUGAGAAUCCAGAUGGGUUUCUUUGGAAUACUAUGAUUAGAGGCUUUGGUAAGAUUAAUGAGUCUGUGAUAGCCUUUGAGUAUUAUAAAAGAAUGCAAGAGAAAAAAUUGGUGGCAGAUAAUUUCACAUUUUCAUUCUUGGUUAAGAUUUGUGGGCAGAUGGGGUCAGUUUGGUUAGGGAAACAGAUGCAUUGCUGUGUGUUAAAACAUGGGUUUGAAUCACACGUCUUUGUAAGGAACAGUCUGAUUCAUAUGUAUGGUGUUUUUAAAGAGUUUGUAAUAGCUCGACAACUGUUCGAUGAAAUGCCUAGUCCAGAACUUGUAGCUUGGAAUAGUAUAAUUGGUUGCUGUGUCGAUUGUGGUGAGUUUAAAGAAGCUAUUGGGUUAUUCUCUCGGAUGUUGAGUUGUGGCGUAGAGCCUGAUGAAGCUACCAUUGUUGUGGUUCUCGCAGCUUGUUCCGUGUUGGGAGAGUUAAAUUUCGGGAGAUGGGUUCAUUCGCUUGUUAGUAAUUCUAGUCUUGGAAGCUUGGUAGAGGUUAGUAAUUCUGUCAUUGAUAUGUAUGCAAAGUGUGGAGCAGUGGAAGAAGCACACGAGACAUUUAAUCGGAUGAUCGAGAGGAAUGUAAUAACAUGGAACACAAUGAUUUUAGGGUUAGCAACUCAUGGCCAUACAAACGAGGCAUUGGUGCUAUUUUCCAAAAUGUUGGAGCAACACCUUUUUAAACCAGAUGGUAUUACUUUCUUGGGGAUAUUGUGUGCUUGUAGCCAUGGUGGAAUGGUAGACCAAGGAAGAAGAUUUUUUGAUGUAAUGAGCAAAGAAUAUCAAAUCCAACCAACAAUUAAGCAUUAUGGGUGCAUGGUAGAUAUUUUGGGUAGAGCUGGAUUUGUGGAGGAGGCCUAUGGAUUAGUAAGGAGCAUGCCUAUGGAGUGUAAUGCUAUUAUUUGGAGGACAUUGUUGGCAGCCUGUAAAUUACAUGGAAAUGUUGAAGUUGGGGAGAAAGUGAGGAGACAUAUUUUGGAAGUAGAACCGGAUCACAGCAGCGACUAUGUUCUUGUUUCGAGCAUGUACGCAGGUAUAGGACAGUGGAAUCAAGUAAUGGUAGUGAGGGAGUCUAUGCAAAAGAGGGGAAUUCAUAAGCCUGAGCCUGGUAAUAGUUUCAUUGGAAUGCAGCCUAAUCUGUUAAAUUUGUAGUUCCAAACAUAAACCAAUUUUCUGAUUUUGUUUACAACGUUGAAGAGGCACCGAAUCUCUUGGUCUGUGCAGCACAAAAACAGAAACAAGAAACAUGAAAUGCUAAUACAAAAAACGGUGAAAUGAUUAUUUUUUUAAGAAGAAUAUAUUAUGAAUACAAGAUUUUGGAGUUUUGGAAGCGUUUCAAAAAGUGAAAAGAAAACACCGGAAGGUAGGAUCGAGAAGUUUUGUUCCAUACGGCAUUGCUCUCGGUAGAUGACCUAGUUAGAUGGAUUUUUUCUGUUUCUUCUCCUGCCAUUCCUUGAUAUCCUUAGCUACCUUUGCCUUUACUUUUGCAUGAAAGCCUGAAUAUGGCUCAUAUCCAAAGGCUUUUUCAAGGAGCUGUAAGGAUAAUAUCAGCAAGAUUAAAUAUAACAACCAUUCUUUAA